ACAAUUCCAAUCUCUCCUCCACACACAACUCUCUUGCUUCUUAGCUUGCUCUCUUUUCAUCUCUCAGUUGCUCCCUCAUUUCCUGCUGUGUUCAGUUAUCCCGUCCUGUGAGCUAUCUCACUCCCACUCCCUGCCCUCAUCUGCAAAGCAACCUCUGCACGGAAAUGGGUUCCAAAAAGAAAAUGGGCUACAAGUGUCGCAUAGCAGGAGUGAUGCUUCUAUUGAUUGGAAGUAUUGCUGCCCUUGUUGUUGUUGCUGUCGUCCAGGACAAGUUAAAGGUUAAGGAGUAUGGAUUAGAGUUUGGCAUUGUGAUAGACGCCGGUUCCUCCCGCUCCAAUGUGUACCUGUACGAAUGGCCUGGGGAGAAGGAGAACGAGACCGGGGUAGUGACUGAAAGAAAGAACUGCAAAGUUAAAGGGGUUCCUAUCUCAGAACUCAAGUUUAGCUCCAAGGAAGAUAAAACAGCAUUCAAAGAAUUUCAAGACUGCAUGGAUGAAAUAAAGAAUCACAUUCCUGAAGAAAAACACAAAACCACACCCCUCUUUCUGGGAGCUACAGCUGGGAUGCGCCUUCUAGAAAUGAAAGAUGAGAAAAGAGCCAAUAACAUUAUGGAAAAACUCAGAGACUUCCUGAGUAAACAAAACUUCCAGUUCCACAACGCUUCCAUCAUCACCGGACAGGAAGAGGGGCUGUAUGGGUGGAUCACAGUGAAUUACUUGAAGGAAAAUUUCCUACAGAAAAACAUGUGGAACACUUACAUUCGUCCAAAUGGAGCAGAGACAGUCGGGUCUAUGGAUCUCGGUGGAGCAUCGACACAGAUAGCCUUCCAAGUUCAGGAACGUGGAGAGGGGCCUGACUACAUGCGUGUCAAGCUGUAUGGUUACCCCUACACUGUCUACACACACAGUUUCCUUUGCUAUGGCAAAAAUGAGGCUGACAAGAAGGUUCUGGACAAAGUAAUCAGGGAAUCAUCCGACCCAGCCUACAUAAUAAAUCCCUGCUACCCCAGAGGUUUCAACGUUACCACAAAAGCUUCAUCCAUUUAUGACACAGAGUGCAUACCGAAACCCAAAAACUACAACGCCACCCAAGAGUUCUACAUGGUUGGAGGGGCCGACUCGGAAAAAUGUGGGGAAAUAGUGAAGUCCAUAUUUGACUUUCAAAACUGUACCUCAGAGCAGUGCUCCUUCAAUGGGGUGGAGCAGCCACCAGUGACUGGAGAUUUUAUGGCAUACGCUGGAUUCUUCUUCAUUGCUCGAGCGCUGGACCAGAACGGGAAAUCCGACCUUGAUCAGUUCAACAUUGCUGUUGGGAACUUCUGCCACACUGACUGGGCCAAGCUAAAAGUACAAAAGCACUGGAUCGCUGACGCAUACCUCAAGACCUACUGCUUUGCCAGUCACUAUGUCCUCACUCUUCUGGCAGAUGGCUAUAAGUUUAACAGUGAGACUUGGAAAAAUAUUCACUUUGAACAAAAGGUAAAGGAAACAAGCAUAGGCUGGAGUUUGGGCUACAUGCUGAGCAUGUCCAACAUGAUCCCGUCGGAAGUGAAAGAAAUCACUCCAAUGACAAACCCGGUCUUUGCUGGUCUCGUCUUUCUAUUUUCAGCUCUAAUCAUUGUAACAGCAGUCUUAGGAUUUAUCAUCCUCAUUCGUACUUGCUAUUGAUAGGCGAUGAAAGGAAAUUAAGGAGAGCACAGGGAAUUAUUUUGUUCUUUGCUGGAAUGUGCUGCAGUAGCAUGUGAUCAGGCAUGUUUGUUGAACAUUACUAAACAAAGUCUUGUGUUUUUUCAGCUCAUACCUCUGAGGCAGGAUUUACAUAGAAAAUGUCUUUGCACUAAAGUUUCUGAUUAAUUAUUAUUAUUUUUUUAUUUCCCCAAUACAACCAGUGCUUUCAAAAGAUAAAUCACCUAAAUGGAAAUGAGCACAAUCGUAAAUCUCACUGGACCGUUUUUAUUUCUCUGAUACGUAUCUGAAUUUUCUUCUUUUGGUUAUUUUUACCUCACAGAAGCGCAGAGAAUUAAAAAUACUUUCCCAGCAGUUUUUUUUUUUUUCACAACACAAAUGCAAAUGAACAAGAAUCAAAAUAUCAUUCUCCAUACAUCCAUAUGGAAGAGGACAUUGCAGGAGGGCAACACAUAUUUUGCUUGCACAGGUUGAUUUGUUUGUCAAGCAUCCACAGAAAAAUUGUGGGGUUUUUUUGUUGGAAAUAUCCAAAAUGUUUUGCUGAUGGUAGCAUCAAGGAAACCGAUCAAUAUUUGUCACGUUUCCUCAUGAUGAGGUAAUGCCCCUCCACUUCUGGUGUCAGUUCUAGUUUUAGGUCAGAGAUUCAUCACACAUCUAUGUAAGCAGACAUAAACAGUCCAUCCUUUUUUAUUUGAAUAAAAAUGAAGAAAGGGAUGAAGGGGUGAGUAGCCUCUGAGCUGCACUGUCAGGGAACAGCAAUGCUCCUGCCAGGCUUGAUAAUGACACAUCUUUAAUGCUUAUUGUAAUAAUUAAUAAAUUGCGAAUGUUUUUUUUUUUUUUUUUUAAACAAGAGCGUUAACUAUUUAACUAGUGUUAUCAGAAAAACCAUCAAACAGUAUAGGAGGUGUGUAGUGCUGAGUUAAAACCUUCAUGAAAUGGCUCAUUUGCACUCUUUAGGCUUUGGUCGCAUUUUUGUUAAAGCUGCAGUACGUAACUUUUAUUUAGUAACAAUGUUUUUUGCAACUAUCACUGUGUUAUGACAGUAUACUACAAUAACCAGUGCAAACUCCUCUGCCUCCUCCCAGUGUUCCCAGUACUAACUGCAUAAAUCCAGCGCUUGGUCAGAAACAACCAAUCAGAGCCAGGAUGAGGGUCUUAGUGCUGUAAAUCACUCUUGUGUAGUAGCCGCUCACCCCAUCCCCUUUUCUCUCUGCUACAUAACAGAAUUUUUUCAACAACAGAGAAAGUCAUGAAUGUUCAAUCUAGUUAUAAUGGCCACUGAAGAACAAUUUUCCUGUAGUGGUAAGUUGUGUCUCUGCAAUUAGCACAGUUUAGCAGUGCAUACACAAGAAUGAUUGACAGCAUCUAGACCUUCCUCCUGGCUCUAAUUGGUUGUUUCAGAUCGGGAGUGUUGAAUUUUUUCAGAUGGCAAUAAUAGCACUGGAAGGAGGUGAAGGAGAUCAAUCUUUUCACAUGUUAUCUGUGUCGUAAUAUACUGUUAUACCUUUAAUUAGUAUAUUAAUAAAAAAAUAUAUAUGUUUUUUAAAAUAAAAGUUACAUAGUGCAGCUUUAAACGUUAAGCAGGACAGUGCCCAAAAAUCUCAUGUCUGUUUUUUUCUUCAUCCCUCCUUUGAUCAUAGAAAGAUUAUGGUGCUCAAGUUCUAAGGAGAAAAGUUUAGACUAACUAAACAUUAGUGUGAUUAUUGUCUGUAACAUUUCCACACUUUAUAUCACUAGACAUUUGAAGUAUUAUAAUUAGAUGUGGAAGAUCUAACUCAAAAAUCAACUUUCAUACAUUAGAUUACUGAAAAACACUUAAACGUCGUCAUGUCUUAUAUUACAAAUUCAUUUAAGUAAUGGUUAUGAAAUGUACCUGAUUAACAAUAACUAAAGUAGUUCUUAAUGUCUGUUCUUGAGGGUGUUUCACUUUUCAUUCCAGAGUUAUAGUUCGAACUGAACAUUCAUAACUCUAAAAGUAGAAACAGGAACAAUAAAUUUAUGUAAAAUGACUCGCUUUGUUUUUUUUCUUUCCAUAGGUUUUUUUAUAUAUAAAAGGCACAUUUCAGGAAACUAACCAAUUUAUUCCAAUUUUGUGUUGUUUUCCCAAUAACUUUAUCUCACUCUAUGGGAACAUAGAAAAUGCUGAUUUUCAAUUAUAUGUGUUCAGCUGUCGAUGUUUUCAGCUAUUUACAUAUAUUUUAUUACAUGAGAAAGAAAUUUUUGAACAUUCAUUUGAAACAGUAAAUCAUGAGAUUUGUUUUUGUGAAUGUAAGUGCAGUUACAGUGAACUUUGGUUGGAUACAGCACACUCUACUGGAUAAUAUUUUAGGACAAUUUACUUGAAAAACUGAUGCAUGUUUUUCAUUGUAUUGUACGUUCCCUUUUGUUUCAAUGCUUUGAUAACUAACUGUAUAAUAAACUUGUUCUUUGACCGCAAUUUUUCUGGUUAUUUCAUAAAAUUCAGCAGCCAAACUACAGUAUCUAUGCAACCUUACAACAAACCUUUUGGUUUAUUGUAAAUUGUAAAAAAAAAAAAAAAAAAAAAAACACAUGAAAAAAUCAGACAGCCCACCAAUACACAAAAUAUUUUGCUAUACUAAUGACCAACAAUCUUGAAAACACUGAAAUUACCCAGAAUGGGAUGAUUCCUGUCAAAACAGGACAUAAUAAACAGCUGCAUAGUUUUAAUUUGAGCACACAACAAAUUUGGUCCUUUUCAGAAUCGGUAUUAUUUAGUUUCAAGUUAUUCAGCAAGAGACUGAUCAUCUUUAACUCUUCCAAGUGUUAAAACUACUCAGUCUCUUGUUCAAAUAACUCUGCAAGAGUUAAACCUAUGACUGCUUGAAGCAGUAUGCGUGCACAUGCUAUAAACCUGCCUUUUAUCCACAUGCAGAAAACAAUGCUGCGCCCUAGUGGUAAUAUUCUGCACAAGCCAUUAAGAAAUGUGGACACUGGCUGUUUUUAUAUAUAAAAAAAAUUUAUUGAAAGUUUUGUCAAAAAACAAAACAAAAAAAAAAAAAAAAAAAACCCACACGUGUGAAACUACAGCAACACCCACUGGUUCUACAGACACUCAAAAUCACAACUUUGAAAGACAUUGGAGGCAUGUGACCAAGCAAAUAAAAAAAUAGCAUCCUCAAUGUUUUGCAUCUUCUUUUACACGCCUGUACAAAAAAGAAACACCUCAUAAAUAUUACCUUUGUUUCCUCGGCCUCCUCUUUUGCUUCUUUUCAAUGAGAAGUUUGUAUCUGCUUAGUUUUGGUUUAAAAAAAAAUAAAAAUAAUAAUAAUAAUAAUAAAAGAAGAAAGAAAUCACCUUUUCUCCAUCCAUUUUAUCUUUUCACCUCCAUCCAGAGCGGUGUCGGUCUACAUGGAUGUGGACUCAGAACCAGUGUGAACCACAACAUGUACACUUCUUUUCCUGCUUUCUGUCCACUCAUCUGAUAAACUGGUACUCAGAGCAAAUGUUAUGUUAAUUUUUUUCUUCUUCAGUCUUCAUUCUGCCUCAAAAUAAUCAGUUGCUGUAUUUCAAUGGUGCAUUUUUCCCCACACACAUACACAACACAGCACACCCUCUUUCCCCAAUACUGAAAAGUGUUUAGCAGCUCAAAUAUAAGUAAUCGUCAAAAGACAGUAACAAAAAAAACAACAAAAAAAACAACAAAAAAAACAGUUGCACAAAAAAUAUUGCCCUUGUAGAAGAGUGUUCAUAAGCUGAAAUUGUUUUGUUCUGCAGAAGUGCCCUUUUGUCUGACAGAGGUCAUUGGUGUUUACAAAUUACAGGUGUUUGGCAAGACAGACAAGACAGAUUGUUUUACAGAACAAGUUCUGUUUGUUUAAAGUGGGUUGUGAAUUGCACGUAUGUGUAGUCAGUAUCUCAACUGCAGAAGACGGCGAUGAGAGUAAUCUCAGUUUGCAGAAACUGGGAUGGAUUAUAAUUAAGCAAUAAAGGUUAGCGCUAACAUAACUGCUCUCUUUUGAGAGUUCAAGUAAAUUAUUUUUGCAUUUAUGCGGCUAUAAAGCAUGUCCUUAAAGAAUGUUUUAAAAUGAAUAAUGUCCUAUAAAAUUUCAGUAUUAGUUUUUGUUUUUUUUCUUAAAAACCAUACUUAUCUUGCCUGAAAAUGCAUCACAUGACUUUAGUUACUACCAUAGAUUUAUAUGUAUAUCAUAUUUUAUCAAUAUAUUAAAAUCUUAUUCCCACAUGUACACAUGACUGCAAAAUAUUCCUUUAGAUAAAUCUUUCAAUAAUCAUUUGAUAUCAGAAACCAGAUUUAAAAAAAACAAAACAAAAAAAAAAAAAACAGAGCAUAAUCAAUAAAAAAUAACUUUUCAUUCAGUGAAAUGAUAAGAAAUGUUUGUUUUCUGUUCUCUAGAAUAAGCAGAUAGCAUUGAGAGAUUCAGUUUUGCUUUUGGUCGCUGUCUUCUGGAGGUAAGGUGCUGGCGGCCUAUAACUGCUCCACAGUGCCACAUUUUAAACAAACAAAGUCAUCUGUGCAAAUUAGAGGUUUGCAUUCCGAACUGCGUUCAUGAAGUCUGUAGUAUUUUAACAAACAAGGUUUUAAUUUCAGCAUCUCUGCCAUCUUAUUAUAAGCCACCGCUCUGUCGAGAAGGAUGCUUCUCUUCAAUCAACACUGAACUCAAACAUCACGGCAAACUAAGCUGCUCUUCUCCUUGAGGCAAUCGAGUUAAAGACCUACUGCAUAUUUUAUUUUAAUCUCACAAGCUGCGCUGGGGACUCUCAUCCACUAAAACCAUGGUAAGCAAGAAUGCGUUUCACUUUUAAAAGGUGAAAGAGUUGAACAAACAACAAGGAAGAUCUCUUCUCUACAUAAUUUCUUCGUCUUUGGUAUAAAAUAUGCCAUCGGCAGCGUUUGUUCAACCGUUAAGAAAGACUCAAGAAACCGUCGACAGCGUUACUCAAACUAUUGCUUAUUUAUAAACCCUAUUAUUUUUGUUUCAUCCUUCAGUUUGGUUGUUGAUGAAGUUUUUCCAUUUCGUUAUGUUGUGAGACAAACGAAGCACACAAACAAGAACAUUUGGACAGCAAUGAAGAAAACAACAAAACCUGAAAAUGAGACAAUAUGGUGGAGAAACUGAGAUUUGAUCCCACCGUUACACCAAACCACAUUGCCCAGGAAGCCGCGGAUCAACUCUAUUAACAAGUCGCACAAAAAUCUUUUUGUCCAUCUAAUCCAUCGACUUUUUGAAUCCAUCGUUUGAAGAUGACCACUUGUCAUUUUUAGACUAUUGUAAUAUCUUUUCAAUCCUUUUUUUUUUUUUUU